AUGUACCCCACAUUUCCUGGGUAUGUGGUGGAGGAGGGAGGAGAGUUCAAGUGUCACACCUCAGCACUGACUAUAAAUGUUGAACUUCUCAUAUGUGCAUUUCCUGGCAACUGAGGAUAGGUGAUCUAGAUAGACUAGAGCAAAGUACCAGUUAGACGCACAAUACAAAGACUUGUGUGAAACAAUUUAUUACUGAUUUUACUGCAGUCAGAUAUUUGAAAAAGAAAGCUGCUAUAAAGAAUACAUUUAACAUGGUGAGCAUCAUACAAUUGUAACCAAAAUGGCAUCAAUUUGAAUGACAAGUGGGCAUGCUCAAGAUGAAAGAUUGUUGUAUGCUAGAAUAUCUCAUGAGUGGGACCACAUCAUUGCUCUGACUUGUCUGUUUUUCUCUCUGUGCCAUAGUCAGCUGGUGAGAGAAUGAAUGCUGAUGACUGCAAUGGACGUUCAUAUAUGUCAGGUAUGGAAAAAACAGUGGAUGUUUCUUGUGCUACCAAGUCUUAUUCCAGAAAGUACACUACCGGUCAAAAGUUUUCGAACACCUACUCAUUCAAGGGUUUUUCUUUAUUUUUACUAUUUUCUAUAUUGUAGAAUAAUAGUGAAGAUGUCAAAACUAUGAAAUAACACAUAAGGAAUCAUGUACAGUGGGGAAAAAAAGUAUUUAGUCAGCCACCAAUUGUGCAAGUUCUCCCACUUAAAAAGAUGAGAGAGGCCUGUAAUUUUCAUCAUAGGUACACGUCAACUAUGACAGACAAAAUGAGAAAAAGAAAUCCAGAAAAUCACAUUGUAGGAUUUUUUAUGAAUUUAUUUGCAAAUUAUGGUGGAAAAUAAGUAUUUGGUCAAUAACAAAAGUUUCUCAAUACUUUGUUAUAUACCCUUUGUUGGCAAUGACACAGAUCAAACAUUUUCUGUAAGUCUUCACAAGGUUUUCACACACUGUUGCUGGUAUUUUGGCCCAUUCCUCCAUGCAGAUCUCCUCUAGAGCAGUGAUGUUUUGGGGCUGUCGCUGGGCAACACUGACUUUCAACUUCCUCCAAAGAUUUUCUAUGGGAUUGAGAUCUGGAGACUGGCUAGGCCACUCCAGGACCUUGAAAUGCUUCUUACGAAGCCACUCCUUCGUUGCCCGGGCGGUGUGUUUGGGAUUAUUGUCAUGCUGAAAGACCCAGCCACGUUUCAUCUUCAAUGCCCUUGCUGAUGGGAGGAGGUUUUCACUCAAAAUCUCACGAUACAUGGCCCCAUUCAUUCUUUCCUUUACACGGAUCAGUCGUCCUGGUCCCUUUGCAGAAAAACAGCCCCUAAGCAUGAUGUUUCCACCCCCAUGCUUCACAGUAGGUAUGGUGUUCUUUGGAUGCAACUCAGCAUUCUUUGUCCUCCAAACACGACGAGUUGAGUUUUUACCAAAAAGUUAUAUUUUGGUUACAUCUGACCAUAUGAAUACUUAUUUUCCACCAUAAUUUGCAAAUAAAUUCAUUAAAAAUCCUACAAUGUGAUUUUCUGGAGAUUUUUUUUUCUCAAUUUGUCUGUCAUAGUUGACGUGUACCUAUGAUGAAAAUUACAGACCUCUCAUCUUUUUAAGUGGGAGAACUUGCACAAUUGGUGGCUGACUAAAUACUUUUUUCCCCCACUGUAGUAACCAAAAAAGUGUUAAACAAACCAAAUAUAUUUUAUAUUUGAGAUUCUUCAAAGUAGCCACCCUUUGCCUUGAUGACAGCUUUGCACACUCUUGGCAUUCUUUCAAGGACACAUUUCCACCGGUCUAAUGUCCAUUGCUCAUGUUUCUUGGCCCAAGCAAGUCUCUUCUUCUUGUUGGUGUCCUUUAGUAGUGGUUUCUUUGCAGCAAUUCGACCAUGAAGGCCUGAUUCACACAGUCUCCUCUGAACAGUUGAUGUUGAGAUGUGUCUGUUACUUGAACUCUGUGAAGCAUUCAUUUGGGGUGCAAUUUCUGAGGCUGGUACCUCUAAUGAAUUUAUCCUCUGCGGCAGAGGUAACUCUGGGUCUUCCAUUCUUGUGGCAGUCCUCAUGAGAGCCAGUUUCAUCAUAGCGCUUGAUGGUUUUUGCGACUGCACUUGAAGAAACUUUAAAAGUUCUUGAUAUUUUCCGUAUUGACUGACCUUCAUGUCUUAAAGUAAUGAGGGACUGUCGUUUCUCUUUGCUUAUUUGAGCUAUUCUUGCCAUAAUAUGGUCUUUUACCAAAUAGGGCUAUCUUCUGUAUACCCCCUACCUUGUCACAACACAACUGAUUGGCUCAAACGCAUUAAGAAGGAAAGAAAUUCCACAAAUUAACUUUUAAGAAGACACACAUGUUAAUUUAAAUGCAUUCCAGGUGACUACUUCAUGAAGCUGGUUGAGAGAAUGCCAAGAGUGUGUAAAUCUGUCAUCAAGGCAAAGGGUGGUUAUUUGAAGAAUCUCAAAUAUAAAAUAUAUUUUGAUUUGUUUAACACUUUUUUGGUCACUACAUGAUUCCAUAUGUGUUAUUUCAUAGUUUUGAUGUCUUAACUAUUAUUCUACAAUAUAGAAAAUAGUAAAAAUAAAGAAAAACCCUUGAAUGAGUAGGUGUUCUAAAACUUUUGACCGGUAGUGUAUUUAUUAGAAGUAACAAAAUUGGUAUAAUUAUAUUUAGGGCUUGUUCAAUCCAUGGAGUACGAGUGCAUACUGUAUGUGUGUGUGUGCGUACGUGUGUCUUCACAGGCAGUGGUGGAGAGUCAGCGACGGAGCGAUGUGAAUUCUAUGGAGGUCUGAGGGUUCCAACAGUGACCACUCCAAACAGUCAACAGUCCUCUCCAAACAGAUCUCUUAUUGGUCAGUCAUCACUAUACACUGAGUGUACUAAACAUUAAGAACACCUUCCUAAUAUUGACAUAAACUGGUGCGCCUGGCACUUACUACCAUAACCCGUUCAAAGGCACUAAAAUAUUUUGUCUUGCCCAUUUAACCUCUGAAUGGCACACAUACACACUCCAUGUCUCAAUUGUCUCAAGGCUUUAAAAUCGUUCUUUAACCUGUCUCCUCCCCUUCAUCUACACUGAUUGAAGUGGAUUUAAGUGACAGCAAUAAGGGAUCAUAGCUUUCACCUGGAUCCACCUGGUCAGUCUAUGUCAUUGAAAGAGCUGGUGUUCUUAAUGUUUUGUACAGUGUAUGUAUGUCUCCUAUCUAUGAUCUCUGUAACCUAUUGACUGUACUGUAUUUAAUAUAUCACAUGCAAAACUGACUGAAAGAACACUGGCAGUUAUCUCACUUGAUUAAUUAUUUCCAUAUGAUACAUUUUUAUUUGUAUUUCAAUAUAUAAAGAUUUACUUCAGUGCAAUUUUAAAAGUUCUGAUGAUUUUGAACAAAGUGUCUCUCCCGUCUCCACUUUCCUUAGUGAACUCCAUUAAGGUAGAACUGUACAGUGACAAUGAGCCUGCAGGUUCUCCACAGCCAGAGAGAAGAGAUGGAGAGAGGGAUGCCAGAGGGGACAAGACAGAAGAGGGGAGUGGAGUAUGGGGAGGACCAGGAAAGGGUUACGAGGAGCUGGCCAGUCCUAAGCCUGCAUCCCAAUGUGACGUGUGUGGAAUGGUCUGCAUCGGGCCCAAUGUACUGACGGUGCACAAACGCAGCCACACAGGUGAGGAUGGAUAGACUGCAGGUUAGACCUCGUAGGCCUCACUCCUUUGGCUUAGCUGUAUAAAUGGUGAUUCAAUAUGGAUCGACUACCUUGCUACAACUUGAUAGUAUUGACAUGGAUAACGAGGAAUUAAUUGUGUGUUUGUGUAUCUAUCUGUGUGUGUGUGUGUGUGUGUGUGUGUGUGUGUAUAUAUUGUCAGGUGAGCGUCCGUUCCAGUGUACCCAGUGUGGAGCCUCUUUCACCCAGAAGGGGAACCUGCUGCGCCACAUAAAGCUGCACUCUGGAGAGAAAGCCUUUAAAUGUCCCUUCUGUAACUACGCCUGUCGCCGCCGGGACGCACUCUCUGGACACAUCCGCACACACGCUGGUAAGACACAGUAGCCUGCUUUCUAAUGUCAAGCCAGGAAACUGGUAAGACCAUUUGGGCUCUAAGUGGGCUCAGUGGGACCAGAUGGGGAAUAGAGCCUCAACCAGCCUCAGUCCCAUUGUGUUGUAACAAGGUAUUAGCUCACUAUGUUAUGUAAUAGUAAUGUAAUACCAUCACUUCUCAGUAUUAACUGUCUACACUUCGUACUACAUUUUGCAUCUAGAAAAGGUACAAAUCUAUAGCACAAUGCAAGUGAUUGCAUUAGAAAAGUCCAUUGAGCUCUAGAGUGGGGUUCAGAGGAAAUAGAUACAUAUCGUCUUUACAGGAAUGUAAGUUACCACGUGCAAGAAAUGACAUUUAAAUGUAUUCAAAACAGGAUGUCCUGUUGGUGUUUUUCAAUUUAAUGUAGACAUGCAUUCAACAGGUGUUGAUAGAGACAGGCAAGCCUUGGUGGGUCUCUGCUUUGCUGUUCAGAACAAAUAGGUUCAUUUUCGAAGAAAGCAAACUUGCACAAUGUCGGAUUUCGGUGAAAUGACGUCAGUUUCUCCGACUCUUGGUAAUUGGAACGUUGCGGUGGAGAGUUGGAGGUUUUUUAACAUCGUAGGCGUGGAACAUAGAACAAUUUCGGGAAUUCACGGAGAAGGGGAAGUACAUAGUGUAACGACUAAGUCAUGAACUAGGACUGAAUGAUUGAAUAAAACUCUAAUUAUGCACAACUACAUGUAUCUUUUUAUUUUACUUACUUGCAGGAAUAACAAACUUCCCUCUGAAACAAUCAGUAGUCUUGUCAUAUUUUGUAGACCUCAUUUUAUCAAAACAGACCAAAAGAGAAGCAUACAUGACUCAUUGAUUGACCCAUGAAUUGCUGUGUUUCUGUGCUGCAGUGUCCUCUCUGACAGUGGGUAAACUUUACAAAUGCAGUUACUGUGGUCGUAGCUACAAGCAGCAGAGUACCCUGGAGGAACACCUUGAAUGCUGCCACAACUACCUAAAGAUUCUACAGGACCAUCAGCCAGCAUUCAGCACUGACCACACUGCACAGGGUAACAUACAUACACAGGUUAAUGUAAAAUGUACAGGGUAACACACAUUGACUCUGUCAUCAUCCACACAACACAAGCUUGCAGAAAUGCACUUUGCUCCUUCAUGUUGUGUUAGUUCAAUCUGAGCUCACUGGCCCAGUCAGUGUACUGUGAACCAGAAGACACAGAUCUGUGUUUGCAUUAUGAUGUCAAUGGAGUGUCUAUUUGAACAGAGUCUGUCAUGUUUUGUGUAGGGAAGGAGUCCCCAGGCAUGGAGCCGAUGCCUGAGCCAGAGCCUGUCCUCCAGCCGUCCACUGAGAAACUGUCCUUCAUAGACAGGCUGGUCAACAGCGUCACCAAACGCAAGAGGUCCACACCACAGAAGUUUCUGGGUGAGUUUUUUUUCUCCAGUUUAUAUAUUUCCAUGUUCCUGAAGGUAUUGAAACCCAACAUUGCUUUAACGUGAUGGUACAGUCUUAUGAAUCUGAGGUUGUCAACACGGAUGUGCCCUUUUCUUUACAGGAGAAAAGCACCUGAGGCUCAACAAGCGUGAUCUACCUUAUGAACGAUCCCCUGGCCCUGAAAAGGUUAAGAAUGGGGAUCUGCACUCUCACCUUGAGGGAGAAGCUGGUGCUGCAGGGUUAGCAGGGAUGGGGGGCAGGUUCCUCCGCAGCUGUGGAGGUGGUGAGGACCCUGGGUCUAAGCGACCUCAGCUGGCCCUGCCCCUGCCCUACCCUGCCUGCCUGUCCGACUCCAGACCAGUCAUCAGCUCUGUUUACAGCCACCUGACUCCUCUGGGUCCCCAGGUCAAUGGUGGAGCUGGAAAUGGUGAGGGUGUAGGUGUGGUAGUGGCCAUGUCUAUGGAGCUCGCUGGACGGGAAGCAGGCGAGAGACACAAGAAUGUACCCUCAGGUCACAGCCACAUCCACAGGCUCACUGUCAGCAACGGCCCAAGCAACGGCUGCCACGAUUUCAAAGACAAGUCCGACACGGAGAGCACAGCAGAGGAGCAGCUGUUUACAGCUCCAGCCAGCAACUCCAACAACCACCACCUCCUCCCUCAUCUACGUUACCUAUCUCCAGGCCUGCCCCGCAGCCGCACCCACCUCCGUCCAAACCCCAGCCAGGCCAACGACCCAGACAUAGAAAGAGAGCGAAGAGACAGGGCCUGCCCCGUUCCCAUCGUCACCACCAUCCCCACUACUGUGAAGGGAUCAGGAACCCCCGGUUUAGGGACACCCCCCAUCUCCAGGGAGGCUUCUAUACAGGUGGUGGACGGGGAGGGGCGAGCGGUGCGGUCAUUCCGCUGUGAGCACUGUCGCAUGUUCUUCCUGGACCAUGUGAUGUUCACCAUCCACAUGGGCUGCCACAGCAUCCGCCAGCCCUUCCAGUGCAGCGUCUGUGGCCACCACAGCCGGGACCGCUACCAGUUCACCUCGCACAUCAUCCGCGGGGAGCACCAGGUGGGCUGAGGAGAGGAGUUAAAGUGGAGAUCCGGUCCCAACUUGGCCCUACCCCUUCAAUGUUUACACAUAUCUGAAGGGUCUGGAAAGGGAUAAUCAGUGUAGUGGUGGAGCUUUCACUGAAUUGCUUCCACCUUACAGAUUUACACACAUCAAAGGGUUAAGGCCAAGGGUAGGAGUGGGAGCGAAUUGGGACUGGCUGGGGUAGGUGUGGUGAGGGAGGGAGGGGCAGAGGUGUCUGCUGCUUUAGGAAGACAUGGGCUCAGGUUUGUUCUGCACCACAUUACACACAGACAGACACACACUGCCUUAACUGUUACAUAG